AUGGCCCCUAUCACUGCAAUUACCAAUGUCAGAGUAUUUGAUGGACAAAAGAUCCGCGACUCUAGCACUGUCGUUAUCGAUGAUGAAUUGAUUGCCGGACCGGAUGCCAUUCCAACCAAGACCAUUGACGCUGGGGGUGCUAUUCUGCUGCCAGGCUUCAUAGAUUGUCACAUUCAUUUGAGAGGACCAGAUGAUCUUGCGCGGAUGGCUGAAUUCGGUGUCACCACCGCACUCGAUAUGGGAACCUGGCCUAUUGAGCUCCUCAUCUCCCUCCGCGGCAGGAAGGGCGUGACUGACAUCCGAGCUUGUGGUAUUGCUGCGACGGCCCGGGAAGCAAAACAGUUUGUCGCCGACCGUGUUGCGGAAGGGGCGGAUUACAUCAAAAUAGUGGCGGACGUUCCGGGGCCAGAUCAAGAGACCGUCAACGCUCUCGUCCAGAACGCCCAUCUGAACGAUAAACUUGUUGUUGCUCAUGCUAUAAGCUUAGUUGCGACGCACAUGUCUCAAGAUGCCGGCGUGGAUUUCAUCACGCAUGCUCCCCUUGACGGUGUGAUGAGCGAGGAGGAUAUCCAGCGGAUGGUGGAGAACAAGCGCAUCAGUAUUCCAACAUUGACCAUGAUGAAAGGAGUGUCGCAGGCGAAGAAAUUGGACUUUGACAAUGCCCGCAAAACGGUUGCCGCGCUUCACUUCGCCGGUGUGCCUGUUCUGGCCGGCACAGAUGCUAAUAUGAGCCCCGGUGUACCAGCCAAUGUUGCCCACGGGGUCAGUCUGCACGAGGAACUAGAAUUACUAUUCGGAUGUGGGCUGUCAACGGCUGAAGUUCUCCGAGCUGCUACGUCUCUCCCAGCAAAAUAUUUUGGCUUGCACGAUCGCGGAGUAAUUCAGCCAGGCUAUCGGGCAGAUCUGAUCUUGAUUAAAGAUGAUCCUAUAGAGGAUAUCAAGGCGACCAGAUCCCUCCAGAGAGUUUGGAUUGCGGGACAAGAACUCAAACUUCCACAAACUUAA